AAGGAUCUGUACAAGGACGUCAUGAUGGAGGAUCACCGGCCCCUAACAUCACCAGUUAAGGAAGAGAGAAGAACACCGGAGAGAUGUCCCAGUCCUCUUCUUCCUCAGGAUGGGUCAGAAGAACGUCACAAUGUUCCACUGGAUGAUCAGGUAGAUGGAGUUAAGGACGUCAUGAUGGAGGAUCACCGACCCCUCACAUCACCAGUUAAGGAAGAGAGAAGAACACCAGAGAGAUGUCCCAGUCCUCUUCUUCCACAGUAUGGUUCAGAAGGACUUAUUUUACUGUCAGAUGACUGUACCAGGAGCUCAGAGAAACAUCUGAAAGCUUCAGAUUUUAAAGCAGAUGAUCAUGGUUUCAAGCAAGAUACAUAUGAAGAGCAUUCCAUUAUCUCAGAUAAACUCUCAGCCUUUAACAGCAAAGAUCCAUCAUCUGAUCCUUUGGAUCAGUUCCAAUCUUCUGAUUCAUCACAGCAAAAUAAAAGUAACAGAAGGAGUGAACAUGACAGAACUCACACUGGGAAGUCAUUUAACUGUUUAGAAUGUGGAAAAUGUUUUAACUAUAAAUCAAAUCUUGUUAAACAUGAGAGAAUUCACACAGGAGAGAAGCCAUAUUCAUGUUCAGAAUGUGAAAAGCAUUUUAGCCGUAAAUCAGCUCUUGUUAUACAUAAGAGAAUUCACACAAGAGAGAAGCCCUAUUCAUGUUCAGAAUGUGAAAAGCAUUUUAGCCGUAAAUCAGCUCUUGUUAUACAUAAGAGAAUUCACACAGGAGAGAAGCCAUAUUCCUGCUCAGAAUGUGAAAAAUGUUUUCACCAGAAAUCAGAUCUUUUGAAGCAUGAGAGAAUUCAUACAGGAGAGAAGCCCUAUUCAUGUUCAGAAUGUGAAAAGCAUUUUAACCGUAAAUCAGCUCUUGUUAUACAUAAGAGAAUUCACACAGGAGAGAAGCCAUAUACCUGCUCAGAAUGUGAAAAAUGUUUUCACCAGAAAUCAGAUCUUUUGAAACAUGAGAGAAUUCAUACAGGGGAGAAACCAUUUUCCUGUUCACAAUGUGGGAAAUGUUUUAAUCGGAAAUCACAUCUUUUACAACAUGAAAAAGUUCAUACAGGUGAGAAGCCAUUGUCAUGCGCAGAAUGUGGAAAAUGUUUUAACUAUAAAUCAGAUCUUAUUAUACAUGAGAGAAUUCACACAGGGGAAAAACCAUUUUCCUGCUUAGAAUGUGGGAAAAGUUUUAAUCAUAAAUCAAAUCUUGUUGCACAUCAAAGAAAUCACACAGGGGAGAAGCCAUUUUGCUGUUUAGAAUGUGGGAAAUGUUUUACAGAUAAAUCACAACUAGUUAGACAUAAGAGUGUUCACACAGGGCAGAUGCCAUUUUCCUGCUCAGAAUGUGGAAAAUGUUUUAGCUAUAAAUCAAAUCUUAUUAAACAUGAGACAAUUCACACCGGGGCAAAGCCAUUUUCAUGUUCAGAAUGUGGAAGAUAUUUUAACUCUAAGUCAAAUCUUGUUAAACAUGAGAGAAUUCACACAGGAGAGAAGCCCUAUUCAUGUUCAGAUUGUGAAAAGCAUUUUAGCCGUAAAUCACAUCUUGUUACUCAUCAGAGAAUUCACACAAGGGAGAAGUUGUUUUCCUGCUCAAAUGUUGAAAACGGUUUUAACCAGAAAUUGGAUCUUAUUAAAAAUGAGAAAAUUCACCCUGGGGAGAAGCCAUUUUCCUGUUCAGAAUGUGGGAAAUGUUUUAAAAGUAAGUAUUAUCUUGAUAGGCAUGAGAAAAUUCACACAGGGGAGAAACCAUUUUCGUGUUCAGAAUGUGAGAAAUGUUUUAACCGUAAAUCAAAUCUUGUUGAACAUGUAAAAAUUCAUAGAGGGGAGAAGGCGUUUUCUUGUUCAGAAUGUGGGAAAUGUUUUAACCGGAAAUCAAAUCUUGUUAUACAUCAGAGAAUUCACACAGGGGAGAAGUAAUUUUGCUGUUCAGAAUGGGGAAAAUGAAUAAAAAUCCUUCUCAACUCCAAUCAGGCAAUCAGAAUAACUCCCUGGAUCAACGACCCCUCUCUAACAACUAUAACCUGUAAUAUUAUUACACUCCAGAAAUACAUCUAGGCCACUAUUGAACUCUUAGUGAAUUGACCUUCACCACCACCUCAGGCAGAGAGUUCCAUAUUCUCACUGCUCUUACCGUAAAGAAUCCUCUUCUUUGUGUACAAACCUUCUUUC